AGCCUUUUGACAUAUGAAAGAGAAUAAGUGUCGCGCCAUGAAACAGGCACCUUGUAUCACGUCAGUUGGGGCUGAGUAAAUAGGUAACCAUGCGAGAUACGAAGGUUCAGCUCUAGCUACCCCGCCAUGCAUAAAUGGUGCCCAAAGGGCAACUGACCGGAAAAUUCCCUGCGUAAGUAGAUCAGCCACCAUCGCACAAGGGUGAUUCUAGGUCUCAGCCUCGUUAGAUAGGAUGUUCCUAUAAGGGUAGCUCGAUAUUCCUGGGUUGGGGGCCGUCCCGUCGCAAGCUUGAGCUGAAAGGGAUCUGUAGCCUCUCUUGUAAAUUUGACCCAGCAGCUGUUUCCCACCUCUCUCGCAGUCUUCAGUCAUGGAGGCCAAAUCUUAUCCUUACCCGGGUACAUUUGGCUACGUUGCCCAUCCAAAUGUAGUCAACAGUGUUAAGAGAAUCGUCCAGGUCGGGGGGUUGCAAAAGCAGUCGGUCACAUACAUACCAGAGGGAGAGGAAGUUUCCACGGUGGAGAUUGAGAUAGAAGAAGAUGCUGGGCUGAAUUCUCUAUGGCAGAAAAUCAGUCAACAGGGCUAUAGAUGGCCUUCGGAACUAUCUACGGAUGAGAAGACCUUCCAUUUGAGCACCAGAACGUUCAAGAUGCGCCCCUUCAAUGCCAUCAAAAUCACGGAUGGGCCUUCGACAGCCGACGAGAUCAAUGUAAACGAUAAGCUGGUCUCCCAUGCAAAUGCACAUCACGGCGAUAAGAUCGCAUAUGACAUCAAAAGUUCUAAUCACUCCAAAGAGGCUAAGAAGUCUCUGAAGAACAACACUGGCUUCGGGAUAUCGUUCCAGCGAACGACAAGGAUGCCGGAUGACAACAAACUUCACCAACUCCCGCCAAGCCUAGGAACAUUCGACUUGUUCAAUAUUAGUGCAUACGAAGAUCGGAUCCCCAAGAAGAUUAGAGAUGUGGGCGGUGUCUUCUUCCCCAUGUGGCAGCGCGAAGCCAUGUGGAUUCAAUUCGAGACGCCGGUCAAUCGUGGGAUUAAAAACUAUGCAGUCCGCGUGUUCAUAGGCAAGGUCAAUGCUAUCAGCGGGCUAUUGAUGGAUGAAGACCCGUCUACCAAGGAUGGAUUGAAUGAACAGCAGGACUAUGUUGUAGUCCCGGGACAACAAUGGCUGGAUGGUAUAUGUGUUGCUCCUGGCGUAGUGAGGCAGUUCGUGGCGAUGCCGUUGGGAUCUGGAUAUACUGUUGAAGGUCAAAAGACGAAAGAGGAGAAGCACGGAGGCCUCCAGAUUGAAAUUAUCCCCGAAUACCAACAAAAGCUGAGAUGGUGGUACAAGCACAGCGACCCACCAGUGAACAAAUCCAACCAAACUGGUGGUAGCUGCGUUGACCUCUCGCUCGGAUUUGACGAAAACAAGACCCCUGCUGAGCUGGGAUUCAAAGCCGGCGACGUGAUCCGCUCAUAUGAGCCGACCGUCUAUUCACAUGAAAUUUCUCAGGUCAAAGAUCUCCUCCAAGAUGGAGGGGAUGUUGUAUGGAAGGCCAAGUAUCCACCUCCACCCAAGAAAUCGCACUAUCAGCCCCAAGAUUGCUCAAGUAGUUCUAGAACAGAGUAUAGUAGAAGCAUGUCCAGUCAGGGUGAAACUUUUGGCUGGGAUCCAAAAAAGUCGUCGUCAAACGAACCGAAAGUAUCAGAUCACUCUGCGACAUUGGGCAGCGCUCCAUCAUCCGAGCAAGAAAAGUCAGGAUUCCAUUCAUUGACAACUUCUUCUGCGUUCGGCUCCUCACCAGAGCCGUUCAGUUUCCACUAUUCAAAAGCGCCGACCCCCCACGCCUCUACUUCAUUGACUGUCUCUAGUAAAGACUCUGGAUCUCAAAUUGGAAGUUGGGUAGCCAACGAGGAUGAUCUCUUUGUCAGCCAAUCCAAAGCCACCCACGUCGCUGGUAUUUCUCAUAGCGACGAUGAAAUGGGAACUCAAGUAGACUGGUAUAGUGAUUCCGCACCGUGGACCGCGCAGACGAAAUCAGCGCAACCACACCCCGAGGGGUCCUCGAACUACGAUUUCUUCGACUUCCAGUCCUUUGAUUUAACGGCACCGGCAGCACCGGCAGCACCAGUCCACCACCAUCCAACUAGACUAGAGGAUGAAGACGACGGUCUCUACAAAACCAUCAAAAUUGAGGGUCUCGGAGAGGACUCGAGUGGUGCCGAAGAGACGAUAUCGUGGGACCAUGACCCCUCCAUCAAAGUCAGUGAUAAGAAGUCCGAGUCCAAGCCGGAGCCCGAACUCCCCAAGAUCGAGGACCUCGAGAUCAAGGACCUCAAAGCCAUGGGUCUGGCCGCCGGCGGGAAACUAAUCCAAGACGUAUACGUCGACUCGCACCCUGCCCACAUCUGGAAUCACGGCGCCUCGCACACGCUGAACGUGCACAUCUUCUCCCCUCCGGACUUCGAGGCCAUAACGCACAUUGUCCCCGCGCCGCCGCCGCCUUCGGCGGAGGACUACGCAAAGAAGGGAGGGGCGUUCUACGUUGUGGAGGAGAAGGUGGACGACAGGGUUGAGGGCGGUGACUUCGAGGGUGUGGACAGCGUGAGUAAAAUUGAUAAGAAGAAGCUUGCUGAGGCGAAGGAGGACGAUGAGUUCGAUCCGAAGAAGCCGGUCAUGUGCAAGGUUUGUGAGAUUAGGCUAUGUGAUUGCAUUAUCAGGCCUUGUGGACAUCAGUUUUGUAAUCAGUGUGUUAGGAAGUUGGCUGAGGAGGAGGGAGCGGAGGGGGAGGUCAGGAUGAGGCAGAGGAAUCAUUGGAGGUGUCCUACUUGCCAGGGUGGAAUCAAACAUGUCGCAGGGUUCUCUGCGCCAAUGAAUCUACCCGGCGAGGAGCCAUUGAGGAUGAAGGUUCCCGUGCAUGUUCUCGGAAUUAAUGAGGUGGACGGGAGGACUGGGUUUAGGAGUAGGCUGCAGAUGACGAGGAUCUAAUGUGCUCUGGUGGAUACUUUCUAUAUCUCCUAGUCUGACUCUAUUUUAAUAUAGGUGGCUCAAAUUGAUCAAUGUUCUCUGCGACGAAUACUUUCUUGGACGCCCCAUCCAUCUUUC